UUUCUGGUCUCAUCGUUGCUGUUGGAGCAGAGCUGGUGUUUGACGGGAAAAAAUCCGGAUGAGAGAACGAGCGUCUUUCGGAGCUCAAGCAUACAUUCGGCAGUGAGCUCACUGAGUUGGAAAUAAAUAUAUCGGUGUGUGCCAGGCCAGCGGAACGAUUUCAGGACUCCAGAGGCAGCUAAAACACAACACGGAGCGUACGGCCGGGGUAAUGCCCACGAGAGCUAAGCUUGUGUGCGCGCACAGUUCCACAGUGGCACUGCACACAGAGCUUCUCCGAGAGCAGUAGAUCCACCAUCUCCAAAACAACAUUCUGGAAGAAGUGGCGUAGGAACGAAGAAGACGCAGACAGUUUCCUUUUAGGAAGAAUGAAUGCUCCUUUCUCCCUUUUUCCCUUCGCUGUGCAGUUGAUUUUUGCCACUGUCUCGGUAUCCGCCGCCGCAAUCACUGGAUCACUUGGAUACCUCUCGCUGGAGGACCACGAUCUGGAUAAGGGUUCGGUCAGUGGUUCGGGACGCAGGACUUGCAGACUGUACUGUCGGGUUGGUAUUGGUUUUCAUCUUCAGAUCCACACCGACGGGCGGGUCAACGGCAGUCAUGAACCAAAUCAGUUGAGUGUUCUGGAGCUCUUUGCUGUAUCUCAGGGGGUCAUCGGUGUCCGAGGGGUCCACAGUAACCGAUUUCUGGCCAUGAACAAGCGAGGAAGGCUUCACGCUGUCGAACGUUUCACAGACGACUGUAGGUUCCGGGAACGUUUCCAGGAGAACAGUUACAACACAUAUUCCUCGGUGUUGCACAGGAACCACCGGACCGGCCGGAGCUGGUACGUGGCCCUCAACAAGAGAGGCCGAGCCAAGAUGGGCUCCAGCCCACGGGUCAAAUCACAGCACGUCUCCACCCACUUCCUCCCCAGACUCAACGUUCAUGACCUGCAGAGCCAACAAGGCUUCUCUGUCACCGACAGGACCAAGGACCGGAGGAAAAGCCGUCCUCAGCCAUCACAACCCAGUUCAGUCACACCGGCACAGAACAAACCGCCUCCUCAACCCAAGGUGGUUGUUAACACAGCCGGGAAAAAGGUUCAGACAGUCAAGUACUGGCCCAAGUUUCGGUUUGGAUAGCCCCAAUGAGUGGCCUGAUUGGAUGGAUUAUUGGGCAAAGAUUUUCUGUUGGCCUUGAAAAAGGUUUUAAUUUGAACUUUUUACUAUUAUUUCAAUCAUUCCACUUGUCAUGGAGUUCAAAACCAAAGGCUGUCAAA